AUGCUGUGGGCCUCGGCCGCCCGCCCGCCCGCGCCGCACCUGCAGCAUCCCGGACCUGCAGCCCUGGCGACCGGGAGGCUCCGUGUAAGAACUCCGCCCUGGGCUCCCGGGGACCCGCGGACGCGCGCCCUGGCCACGCUCUCCCCUGGUUGCGGUCGGUCUCCUCGGGCUCGACCCGGCCCCGACCCGGCCCCGCGGGCUGAUGUCAAGCCUCGGGUUAUCUUUCGCUGCACGGUCUAGUCCACUGAUGACAGUGAGGUGGCCGAGGAGAAAAAUGUGACCGUGCUCUGUGACAGGUGGCACCAGUCGGUUUCAUAACAAAGUACGGGUUUCCAGACACCUUUCGGAGUGUUCAAAGCAGCUGGGCGUGAUGGCGCACGCCUUUAAAUUUCAGCUCUCGGGAGACAGAAGCAGGUGAAUCUCCGAGUUGAAGGCCGACCUUGGCUAUAUAGCGAGUUCCAGACAAGCCAGAGGGCUACAUGGUCACCUGGAUGUCAGCAUGGCAGCCACCAACCUGGAGAACCAGCUGCACAGCGCACAGAAGAACCUGCUCUUCCUCCAGCGGGAGCAUGCCAGCACACUCAAGGGGCUCCACGCUGAGAUCCGGCGGCUGCAGCAGCACUGCACAGAUCUAACCUAUGAGCUGACACUCAAAAGUUUCGAAGUGACAGGAGACGGCUCUUCCAGAACAACGGAGCUCAAGAGGCGCUGUGAAGAGCUGGAGGCCCAGCUGAAGGCCAAGGAGGAAGAAAACCACAAGUUACUGCAAGAACUGGAGCAGAAGAACGCUGCCAUCGCUGUGCUGGAGAACACCGUCCGUGAGAGGGAGAAGAAGUACCUGGAGGAGCUGAAGGUGAAGAGCCACAAGCUGAGCAUGCUCUCCGGCGAGUUGGAGCAGCGCGCCAGCACCGUGGCCUACCUCACCUCGCAGCUGCAUGCAGCCAAGAAAAAGCUCCUGAGCUCCAGCGGCCCCUCUGACGCCAGCCCAGCCGGCGGCCCUGCACUGGCCAGCUACAAGCCCACACCCCCCAAGGACAAGCUGCCGGAGACACCCCGCCGCCGGAUGAAGAAGAGCCUGUCGGCCCCACUGCACCCUGAGUUUGAGGAGGUGUACAGGUUCGGAGCCGAGAGCCGCAAACUCCUGCUGCGGGAGCCGGUGGAUGCGAUGCCAGAUCCCACCCCAUUCCUGCUGGCCCGGGAGUCUGCUGAGGUCCAGCUCAAGGAGCGGCCUCUGGUCAUACCUCCCAUCGCCUCAGACCGUGGCGCCAGCGGGCAACAUAGCCCAGCCCGAGACAAGCCACACAAGACCCAUGUCGGGGUGGCUCAUCGCAUCCAUCACGCCAGUCCGCCCCAGGCCCAGCCUGAGGGGGAGACGAGGGCUGUGGACCAAGUAAGCACAGGGAAGGUGGUGCGGAAGCACUCAGGGACGGACCGAACUGUGUGAAGCCUGCGGCCAGCCCCGCAGCCACCCACGCACUGUGAGCGCCGCCGCUGCCGGCACAGGGAACCUCGCCCACACCUUCCUCGCCCUGCCCAUGCCAAAUGUUUCCUCCCGUCGUCGCAGCCUGGCUCCUGGCCCAUAGUGACACACGCUGUGAUGGUGUCCCCACUGAAGAUAUUUACUGGCACUGUGGCCAAUGCCUGCAUGCCAAUAGCUUGCUUCCAGCCCCUCGCCAUGAGAUCUCGGCACAGUCCUAGACAAGGCCCAGGCCACGGCUGCAUCACAUGCCACACUCAGAAUCCGAACCGCUUGAAGUCAAAGCAAACUAAGGACUUGCCUCUCCCAAGAUCCAGGGCAGCCUAUCAGAGCAGAGCAGCAGCUUCUGCUCCUUACUGGGAGACUCCUACCUUCCCACAGCCCCUUUGCCGAGCAGCUGUAUGUCACAUGACCUAAGCAAGAUGACCUCACCCCUCAUGUCACCCCAACCUGAAGGUGUGUUGAUAAUUUUUUGUUAGUUUCAUCCAAAUGUUCAGGAUCCAACAAAUGUUAUUUUCUAAACCCA